AUGCACGUUUUCUUGUUUGGAUUCGGAGGCUUGAAUAUUAUCUUUGUAAAUGUGGAAUAUAGUCUGUGGAGAGAACCGCUUGUGGUCCCGGUCUACUUGGCUGCUCUAUCUGCUGCAAUUCUAGUCUUGCAGAUCGCUAGGCGGACGAAACGUGUUCGACGACUACUGGUGCGGUUGGGUUUCGCGAGCCCACCUGGAUCGAAGUCCGAUAGUCAGCGUUUAGAUGGCGGUUUGCUUCUUGAUGAUGUCCAUGCAGGAUUCUGGUCAGAGGCUCGGCAGAACAUAGAAAAACAGGGGGUCGCCAGCUUCGUCUUGAGAACAAUGCGUUUUAUUGCGUGCGUCGCGCUCGUCAUCAUUACCAUCAUCGCGUUCGUUCAGUAUGAGGAAGACCUUGGAAGGAGCCACGGGAAAAGUGGGCCGCUGUCGGCUAUGACCAGAAACCGUAAGAAAGAAGCAAAGCAUCAGGCGGCCAUUCAUCAUGCCGAAUGGAUUGAAGUGGCAUUAUGCGCUUUCUACACAUAUACAUCCUUACUUUCUUUGCUAUCCAUCACACUGCGAUCUGUCCUGCGCAGGACUGUCAUCAAGCACUUGGUUUUCCUGCUUCUUGUCGUCUUUGGUAUCUAUGCGUAUCGUGAUAUUUGGCCAUUGGCAACGUUCGUUCUAAAGCCCCUAGAUGCAGCUGGUGGUUGGCUUACCUGGUCUCGGAUUGGUUUACUCGGAUUGGCAGCUGUGGUGCUUCCUGUAAUCACACCUGCCGAGUACACGCCAGUCGAUCCGCUUAAUCCUCGUGGACCGAGUCCGGAACAGACCGCCUCCCCACUUUCAUUUAUUCUUUUCGCUUUCCUCGAUCCCAUUGUCAUCACUGCCUUUAAACACACUCAUCUGCCAUACGAAGAGCUGCCUAAACUUGCCGAUUACGAUGUUGCGCAACACUUGAAGGAUACAUCGUUCCCAAAACUUGAUCCGAAGUUGGUCAAAAAGCCGAAGCACUUGAUGUGGGGCUUAUUGGAUCUGUUCAGAGGCGACUAUGUUUUCUUGACCAUUGCGAUGGCUGCCAGGACGUGUCUCGGCUUCGCGUCUCCGGUCGCUGUUUAUCAGCUUCUCCGGUACAUCGAGACUGGGGGUGAAGGUGCUUUCAUCCGCCCUUGGCAAGUCAAGCAGCGCACCCCAACAAAGUUAUGCGCUGACACCUUUCAUGACAGGGUUUGGGUGGCAAUUUUGUUCUUUUCCCCUGUAGUUUCCUCGAUCCUCAUGCAGAUCUACAUCUUCGUUGCAACACGCAUUCUUGUCAGAGUCGAAGGCAUUCUCACUCAGCUCAUUUUUGAGCAUGCUCUUCGGAUCCGUGUCAAGGAGGACGUGCCCUCGAAGACAACCAUCUCGACGCCUGCUUCUGGAUCUAUCUCCGUGGUCGCGACUCCUAAAACCCAGACUACUGAACUCCCAGACGAGGGAAGUGAUGGAACUCAACGGCCCCCAAGUGAAGUUGGUUCAUCAGCGGCUGGCGAUGCUACUAUUGCUGUUGUGAGCUCCAUUCCUGAGAAUGGUGGUGGGAAGGACAAAGGAAAAGAUAAAGUUGCUGGGGCCGAGCAGAAGGGAGAAAACGACAAAGAUAAAGGGAGUAAUCUUGUCGGCCGAAUCAAUAACCUCAUUUCAACCGAUUUAGAGAACAUUACGGAAGGUCGAGAUUUCCUCUUCGUGCUCGUUUAUGCACCUUUGCAAAUUGCCUUGUGUAUAUGGUUCUUGUACACGAUUCUUGGAUGGAGUUCAUUUGUUGGAAUGGGUUUGAUGAUUCUCAGUUUCCCCAUCCCUGGCAAAAUUGCGAGCUUGUCCCACCAAGUUCAAGUCGAACGCAUGAAGAAGAUGGAUGAUCGCGUACAAUUGGUUACAGAGAUCAUGAAUGUCUUGCGCAUGAUCAAGAUGUUCGGGUGGGAAUGGAAGACCGCUGAACAAUUGAGUGUGAAGCGAGAAGUUGAGCUCGUAUGGAUUCGAAAGAGAGCCUACCUUAAUCUACUUAACAUGGUUGUUAACUAUGUCCUUCCGCUCACCACUAUGUUGGCUACUUUCAUCACCUACACGGUGAUCAUGAAGAAGCCUUUAUCAGCUUCAAAGGUCUUCUCGUCGCUCACGGUUUUCGAUUCCCUAAGAGAUCAGCUUCACUACGUAUUCUUCUUCGUGCCGAUGCUUAUCCAGUCGAAGGUAUCAGUGGACCGUGUCAACGAUUUCCUUACAUCGACCGAACUUUUGGACCGGUAUGUCAAGCCGGAAAACGAGAACAUCGCGGCCGAGUUCUCCGUACCCGGGGCGGAUACGAUAGCCAUCGGUUUCCACAACGCCACAUUUACUUGGUCAGAGGCGCAGGCUGAAAGUACUCCUGCGACACCAGGGAGACGUAAUUUCCAUCUCAGGAUAGACGGAGAUCUCCUGUUUGAACGUGGAGCAAUCAAUCUGAUUGUGGGCCCCACAGGUUCUGGGAAGACUUCUCUCUUGCUAGCUCUAUUGGGCGAGUUGCAUUUCACACCACCAGGGCCGGAUUCCUGGUUUAAUCUCCCCAGGGAAAAUGGUAUUGCUUACUCGGCUCAGGAACCUUGGAUUCUCAACGAGACAAUCAAGGCAAGGAUUGAAGCUCAGGAUAAUAUCCUGUUUGGGCAGGAGUUUAAUGAGGAGAGGUACAGGAAAGUCCUUUACCAAUGUGCCCUUGAUCGGGAUCUCGAACUUUUCGAUGCUGGUGAUGCAACAGAGGUUGGAGAAAAAGGAUUGACACUCAGCGGUGGUCAAAAGGCCCGGAUCAGCUUGGCGCGGGCCAUUUAUUCCAAGGCUGAGAUCGUGCUUCUCGAUGACGUCUUGUCCGCAUUGGAUGUCCACACGUCGCGCUGGAUUGUCGACAACUGCUUUGCUGGAGGCCUCCUUCUGGGUCGUACAUUGAUCCUCGUGACUCACAAUAUCGCACUGGCUGGACCUCUCGCGAAGUUUGUCGUUUCCAUCGGGUCCGAUGGGAGAAUUGCAAGUCAGGGUUCGGUCGGCGACGCGUUGAGUCACAACUCAGCCCUUGCGAGUGAACUUGCGAAGCAAGAGAAAAAAGGAAGCAACGCCGAUGAAGCUGCUGAUGAUUCUGCGGCGCCAAAGGAUGAUAGGAAGGCUAAUGGCAAGCUCAUCGCAGAUGAGGAGAUUGCGCUCGGUCAUGUUAGUCCUGCUGCAAUGUGGCUCUACUUCUCGGCAAUGGGAGGCCCAACCUUUUGGAUUCUGUACUUUGGCGCGAUGUUAUUUUGUGACACCAUGGCAGUCCUGCAAACUUGGUGGCUUGGACAUUGGGCAUCUCAGUACGACGGCGGUGCACAGAAUGUCAGCGUACCCUACUAUCUCCUCGUUUACGCCCUCUCCAUCCUUGUUAGCGUCGGGGUAUAUUCGAAUGGCUUCCUCCUGUACGUCCAGGGGAGUAUAGCUGCUUCACGAAAAAUCCAUGCCAGACUGGUGCAAUCAAUUCUGGGAACUACUCUUCGAUUUCUUGAUAAGACGCCCAUCGGGCGUAUCAUCGCUCGGUUCACUCGUGAUAUUUGGGCAGUUGACAGCUCUCUGAGCGCAUAUGUCCAGGAUCUGAGUGAAUUAACUACUUUCAUGUUACUCAAACUAUUGGCGGUGGUGUACUUCUCGCCAGUGUUCUUGGCUCCGGGGAUUGCUUUUGCUCUAGUUGGCGGCCUUAUUGGCCAAAUAUAUAUUAAAGCGCAACUCGCUGUCAAACGUGAAAUGAGCAAUGCUCGUUCACCUCUGUUCAGUCAUUUUGGGGCUGCCAUUGGAGGCCUUACGUCCAUUCGGGCAUACGGUGCCGAGACAGCAUUCAAGUCCGAGUCUCUGAAGCGUGUCGACAAAUACACGCGUCCGGCUCGGGUUUUCUAUAAUUUGAACCGGUGGGUGUGUAUUCGUAUCGACGCGCUCGGAGGGUUGUUUGCGGCAGGCCUUGCAGCUUAUGUGGUGUACGUCCACCCGGUUAACAACGCUUCGAACGCGGGUCUCCAGUUGAAUAUGGCUAUAGGCUUUACAGGCCUGCUUCUUUGGUGGGUGCGGAUAUUGAACGACAUUGAAGUCUCUGGCAAUAGUCUAGAACGAAUCCAAGCGUAUCUUGAUAUUGACCGGGAACCCGAACCUACGGAGUCAGGCAAGCCGCCAGCAUCCUGGCCCACCUCUGGCAACCUCACCAUGGAUAAACUCUCUGCUCGGUAUUCACAUGAUGGACCGACUGUUCUUCAUGAGUUAUCAUUUGAAAUUAAGUCUGGCGAGAAAGUGGGCGUCGUUGGUCGUACAGGAUCCGGCAAGAGUUCAAUGACGCUGAGCCUUCUCCGCCUGAUCCCAACAGAAGGGACUGUCGCUUACGAUGGAAUACCUACGAGCUCCCUUAACUUGGACACACUGCGAGGGAACAUCACAAUUAUCCCCCAACAGCCAGAGCUGCUGGCAGGUUCUAUCCGCCAGAACUUGGAUCCUUUUGAGCAGCAUGAUGACGCAACUCUGAACAACGCCCUUCGUUCCGCAGGUCUUUUCGUCCUGCAACAGGACCUGGAGGAGAGCGAACGCAUCACCCUUGACUCAACAGUUACCAGUGGUGGGGGAAAUUUCUCGCUUGGACAGCGACAAAUCCUUGCCCUAGCCAGAGCUCUUGUUCGCCAGAGCAAAAUCUUGAUCAUGGACGAAGCCACUGCUUCCCUAGACCAUCAUACGGAUUCAAUUGUUCAGGAGUCUCUGAGAACUGAGUUUAAGGAUUACACGAUCAUCACGGUUGCACAUCGCCUUCAAACUAUCAUGGACUCGGACAAGAUACUGGUCUUAGACGCUGGAAAGUUGAUCGAGUUUGAUAGCCCGGUAAACCUGCUAAGGCGGGAAGGCGGGGCUUUCAAGUCAUUGGUUGAUGGAAGUGGUGACAAAGAUGCGCUCUACGCAGUAGUAAAGGGUUUGACAGCACAAGAGAGUUAA